UCAGAGUCAUGGCUACGAAUGUAUGAGAAUGUUGCUAGAAUUGGUUCACUGAAUAUAGAUACUAAGGCGUUUUUCAUGGGUAAUCUAUCUGAACUAUAUAAAUUAUUUCCAGAGUUAGAAUGGGACAUUGAUAUUCGCUAUCAAGAAAUAGCAGCCUCACAUUUUUUCAUUCAAACAGUGAAUGUUACUACUGCAGUUGAUGAGAAGAACCUUUUACACCAAUUAAAGACCUAGCCCAAGGACUGUAAGAUCCCAUUAAUGGUAUAUCACCCAGCAUUCAUAUACUAUGAUCAGUAUAUUGUAAUAGUGCCAAACACCAUUCAGAAUAUUGGAAUUGCUACUGGAGUCAUGUUGUGUGUUUCCUUGCUGCUUAUUCCCAAUCCGCUCUGCUCCUUGUGGGUAACUUUUGCUAUUGCUUCUGUUAUUGCUGGAGUUGCUGGUUUCAUGACAUACUGGAAUGUUAAUCUUGAUUCCAUAUCUAUGAUUAACCUUGUCAUUUGCAUCGGGUUUUCAGUAGAUUUUUCUGCUCAUAUAUCCUGUGCAUUUGUUUCAAGUGAAAAGUCAACUGUCAAUGAAAGGGCAGUUGAUGCCCUGUAUCUGCUAGGUUACCUGGUGAUCCAAGGUGCUAUCUCCACUAUAUUAGGAGUAAUUGUGCUCUCUGCAGCAAAAGCUUACAUCUUCAGAACAUUUUUUAAGAUUAUGUUUCUCGUUAUCUUGUUUGGAGCUGUUCAUGGUCUUGUUUUUAUUCCAGUAUUUUUAACAUUUUUUGGAAUUCGUGGCAGAUCAUCACACAAAAGGGUAAAUAUAAAAACAAGAGGAAAAAACAGCAGCUCUUUUAGUGACGCACAAAGUCCAAGUAAUGUAUCAAACAGCUUCAUGCUGAAGGAAAAAUAAAUCCAGAUUGCUCAUCAAUUUACAUACAAUUUAAAAUACAGCAUAUCAGCCAAAAAGAACAUGUUGAAGGUUUCAAAACAUUAAUCUGCAGAUUAAAAUUUAGCAUUGUAUGAAAAUGUUACAGUUUUGUACUGUUCAGGUUUAACACUUAAUGGGAUUAGCUCAAAGCCCACCAGGGAACUUUUAGCGCACCAUAGCAGGGUCCACAUGGACAGUUACUGCACA